AUGGGCCGAGCUCCCUGCUGUGAUAAAAUAGGGGUGAAGAAAGGUCCUUGGACUCCUCAAGAAGAUCAGAUACUCAUUGAUUUUAUUUGCAGAUAUGGCCAUGGGAACUGGCGUGCGCUUCCUAAGCAAGCAGGACUUUUAAGAUGCGGCAAAAGCUGUCGUCUUCGGUGGAUAAAUUAUCUCAGACCAGACGUUAAACGUGGGAAUUUUAGUUCUGAAGAGGAGAAGGCUAUUAUUGAGCUUCAUCAGCGUCUGGGAAACAGGUGGUCUGCUAUUGCCUCACGCCUGCCUGGAAGAACAGAUAAUGAGAUAAAGAACAUCUGGAAUACCCAUUUGAAGAAGCGGCUUUUGCGAAUGGGAAUCGAUCCUAGUGACCACAGAAUUAAACAAAAUGAAUUUCCAGCUUCUUGUUUUCUCCAAUAG